AUGGCCUCUCACGACGAGCAGACCCCGCUCCUGCAAGUCGUUGCUGUGCGGCCCCAUCGUGAUCGAUAUCCACAUCAUACUCUUCGCCGCUUUUGCACCAUAGCUUUGGUCGUCCUGCCGCUUACCACAGUUGCGCUCGCGCUUCUAUCCUACGCUUUCGGUCAAAGCGACCUUUUCGGAGACGACAAACUGGAUCAUCUUGACCCAUGGAGUAGCUUGUCUGGGCCCAUCAAUCCACCACACUCGCAGUGGCCUGCUGGAGAUGGCCUGAAUUAUGCAGACCUCAAGAACAUCCUUUUUGAUACACCCGAUCCGGCCAAGGCAAAGGAGUGGUCUCAAUUCUAUACUGCUGGACCUCACCUCGCUGGACAGAAUUUAAGCCAGGCGGAAUGGACGAGGGACAGAUGGGAAGAGUUCGGUGUCAAGAGCGAGGUCGUGCCAUAUGAUGUCUACAUAAACUAUCCUCUGGACCACAGACUUGCUCUGUUGAAGGAUGGAGAAGUUUCAUUCGAGGCGACUCUUGAGGAAGACGUCUUAGAGGAGGAUCCCACAUCAGGCCUCAAGAAUCGCGUGCCUACCUUCCAUGGCUACUCUGCUAGCGGAAACGUCACUGCGCAAUAUGUCUACUGCAACUUUGGUACGUUUACUGACUUCGAGAACUUGCUUGCUGCAGGUAUCGAUCUGGAGGGCAAGAUUGCUCUUGUCAGGUAUGGCGGUAUCUUCCGUGGUCUCAAGAUUAAGAGAGCUCAGGAGCUUGGUAUGGUGGGAACUAUCAUUUAUUCCGAUCCUGGUGACGAUGGACUUAUCACCGAAGUCAAUGGUUACAAACCUUACCCCGAAGGACCUGCCAGAAAUCCCAGCUCAGUGCAGAGAGGCAGCGUACAAUAUCUGAGUCAGUUCCCUGGCGAUCCCACCACUCCUGGUUAUGCCUCGAAGCCUGGUGUGCCUCGCAAGCCUGCAAACGUAUCCACGCCCUCGAUCCCAUCAUUGCCCAUCUCGUACGCCGAGGCCAUUCCCCUGCUCCAGGCUCUGAAUGGUCAUGGACCAAAUGCGUCAUCCUUCCCUGCUCGUUGGCACAAAGGUGGUCUUGAACACAAGAACGUCUCCUACAAUAUUGGCCCUUCCCCGCCAUCUGUCACCAUUAACAUGAUGAACCUGCAGAACUACACCAUCACACCGAUUUGGAACACCAUUGGCAUCAUCAACGGAUCUCUUUCGGAUGAAGUAAUUAUCCUCGGAAACCACAGAGAUGCUUGGAUUGCUGGCGGCGCUGGAGACCCCAACUCAGGAUCUGCAGCUCUCAAUGAAGUUAUUCGCUCCUUCGGUAUUGCCUUGUCAAAAGGCUGGAAGCCACAGAGAACCAUCGUCUUCGCCAGCUGGGAUGGUGAAGAAUAUGGUCUCGUCGGCUCCACUGAAUGGGUUGAAGACUACCUGCCAUGGCUCAAGGAUUCUGCUGUUGCUUACCUCAACGUUGACGUUGGCACUCGUGGCACUAGAUUUAAUGCCAAUGCUGCACCUCUGCUUAACCAAGCCAUCUACGAAGUUACCAAGUCUAUUCAGUCGCCAAACCAGACUGUUGAAGGAUCAACUGUGUACGACUUGUGGGACAAGCAUAUUGGAACCAUGGGAUCAGGUUCCGACUUUACAGCAUUCCAAGACUUUGCUGGUAUUCCUAGCGCUGAUUUCGGGUUUGGAAAGACUGGCCCCUUGGAUCCUAUCUACCACUAUCACAGCAACUAUGACAGCUAUGCCUGGAUGAUCAAAUACGGAGACCCCACCUUCCAAUAUCACGUUACAGCGGCCAAGGUUUGGUCUCUCCUUGCAGCAUCGCUGAGUGAGAGCCCCGUUGUUCCAUUCAAUGCUAGUGACUAUGCCUCCAGCCUCGAAAGAUAUCUUGACAGCGUCAAGCACAUGGCCAACUCAUCUGGCAUGGCGUACCGGGACAAGGAAGAGAAGGAUGUAUCCAUGUUCGCGGAUCUUGAUCUGGCUAUUGAUUACCUCCAGCGUAGAGCACACAGCUUUGACGCUCGUGCGGCUGGUCUAGCUGCCCAAGCUACUGUGAUUGAAGGCAAACACAACCCUGCUGCCACUAACAGACUCUUCGCUGAGAUCCGGGCUGUCAAUACACAGUACAAAAUGCUAGAGCGUGCCUUCCUAUUCCCCAAGGGUCUGGAUGGAAGAAGUUGGUUCAAGCAUGUCGUAUUCGCACCUGGCAAAUGGACCGGAUAUGCUGGAGACACAUACCCUGGCCUCGUUGAGGCGAUCCAGGCAGGUGACAAGAAGGCACUCUACAGAUGGGCUGGUAUCAUCGAGGGAAUCGUAUGGAGAGCAGCUGGCGUGUUGAGUUGA